AUGUUUCUGAACAACAAGGGUCGGAUUUGUCAUAUUUAUAAUUAUUAUAUCGAGAAUGGAAUUAUAUAUCAAAAAGAAACAAAUAAUUUAGUUGACAUUAAACAAAAAGAUUUGAGGCAGUCAAAUAAUUGUUUUAAACAAAUAAUUGAAGAGACACCUAAUUUUAAUUCGAAUGUUUGUUGUGGACUUUGUGGUUCUAUUCUGACAUAUGAAUUGUUAAUAAAUGAACAUUUGCCGAAUAUUCAUCCAGAAGUUUUAACUAAUGGAAUUGUUGAUCUUGAAGAAAUUCCUUAUGAAGCCUGGCUUAAUGAACAACCAUUAAAUCCCUCUACUCACAAUUCUGUCCGUUCUGGUCUUGGAACUAAAUUUUCUCCGCAAAAGGUUAUUUCAAAUUUUCGACAUGUACGGUCAACACGGCAAUUACGUCGAAUUAGCCAAUUUCGAGUUAAUACUUCAGAAAUGUCAAUCCCUGAAUUGGAAUUGGUUUUACAACGAAAAAUGGUUGAAAAAUUGGGUCGAAAGAUUCCUGUUACUUUGGUAGAUAAAUUACAUGCAAAAUGUGGAAUUUGUGAUACAGUUAUUUCUUUAAAUAAAAAAUUUGAAAUUGUUCAUUUGGUGAGGCAUUUUAAUGCUUGGCAUCCUUCAACUCAUAAAUGUGCUGGUACUUGGCCAAAUAUGGAAUCAACUGAUAAUUGUAAACCUUUAAGUUCUCAAGAUUUUGCUGUAAUUGAUACAAACUCUAAUUCUAUUGACAAUCUUCAAUGUAUUUGGUGUGGAAUGUUUCUUUCAAGGUUUAAAUUACCUACAAAUUUUUUUUCAAAUUAUUUAAGUAAUGAAAUUGGAAUGCAUUUUCAUGAAAUUCACCCAGAAGAGGUCGAGGUCCCAAAAUGUAAUCUUUGUAUGCAAGAAUUAUUGCUUAAUGCCCGAAUAUAUGAACGUUUUAGAGAAGAUUUUUGUGUAACAAUGCCUGAUGAAUAUACUUUUAGAAGUAUUAAAUUUAAAAGGGAUUUUAAAUCUGAACAAAAAUUACAAAAAGCAAUAAUUAAAUAUUUAAAAAGAAUUAGUGAAGGAUGUAAUCCAGAGGUUGUAGAUAUUGAGGAUUUGGAUAAUUCUGAAAUUGAAGAAAAUGAAGAGAGUGAUGAAAUAAAUAAUGAAUUACCUUCUUGUGAAGUUUUUGCAAAUAGUAAAAUGAUUUGUGGUCGUCGUGCAAAACCUAAACGAAAAUUUAUAACUCCAAUAGUUCGUCAAGCAUUUUUAGAAAAUAGCUCUUUUGUUUCUCCAAUUACACAUUCUCAUUGGAAAUGUCUUUUAUGUCAUUUAGAUAUUUAUGCUGCAGUUAUAAGUGCCGGCGUGAUAAAACAUUAUAAAAAAUUCCAUCCAAUUCAACUUCCACAAAUUCAAUUAGAACUUUGCAAAGCAAGAUUGGAUAAAAUAAGUAAUAAAAAUAUGUUAAUUUUUGGAAAUGAGAGAGACAAACAAAGAGGUACUUGUUCAAUUGAAUGCCAAAUUUGUACACAAAUAUUUCCAAUGACUCCACCUUUUAAUAUUUGUAGAGCUAUUAGACAUAUAAAAAUGAAACAUCCAGAAGUUAUGCCCGAACAUAAUAAUGGGGGUGAAUGUACAAAUAAAGUAAAUUUUUUUAAUUUAAAGAUUUGCCGUUUAAAUUUUGAGUUGACAAGGGACUCUUGA